AUGAAGAAAGCAAAGCUAUCUCAUGAGCCAACAUUCCAAGGAUCCCAAUCUCAGAACAUUUCCAGUACAGUUGCAUCGAGUACUGAAUCUUCUGAUCUCACACAAAGAGGAGGAAAACAUUCCAAUCUUGCUCUUGUAAUCAAUGGAAAAUCAGAUGAAACUCCAGCCAAAUUGUUUCACCAGGAAGACAUUAAACAAGGCACUGCUAGCAAUGAAACCACGAAUGAUUUAUCGAUUUUGGAGCCAUACAAAUGCAGGUUUACCAGUGCAAAUAGUGCCAUCGCAUUCCCCAGAUGUCUAGGAAUGGAAUUGGAGAUGGCCACACCUCCACGGUUGCACAGUUAUGCAUGGAAUACCGGGAUCCGGUCAGAAGCACCGAAACCGAAUUAUAUGCGUUUACAUGAAUUUUGUUCUUGGGGAUUUGCAUCUUCAGCAAUCGAUGUUUAUUUUGAACACAUCAAUCCCGUUUUUGGAUUUUUAGAAAAGGAAAAGUUCCUACACAGAUGUGAGCUUUUUUGGAAAGAUGACACGGGAAGUAUUGGAUUCGAGGCCCUUAUCUGUGGGGUUGUAACUUUGGGUGCAUUGUUCACGAGACAGAUUGCAUCUGUGCUUGAAGGUGAUGUCUUCGAGCAUGGCCGAUGCUUGCUGGAGCAAGGAUCUCAGAGGCAUGGCGAUAUGUCUCUUGAACAUGUGAUGGCAUGGACAUUACGGGCCCUUUAUCUUCGGUCCACGAGUCGUCCCAAUUUGUCUUCAUUGGCAAUAUUUACGACCGUUCAUUUGGCUGAAUCAAUUGGCCUUCAUCGAGAGUUGGAUACUGUUGUUUUCGCCGUUGACGGAUCAAGAAAGGUUUUCUCACCUGAUGUGUUGGAAUUGCGUCGGAGGGUCUUUUGGAUCGUGAUGUCCCUGAACCAAUUAUUCGCUGCCGAAUACGGCCGUUCAAAGGUUUCCUUGGACAACGUUAGAUGCCGAAAGCCUAUCGCUAAAGAAGGAGAUUCAAUCGGCGACUUGAUUGCAAUGGCGGAACGGCUAUCCUCUUGCACUGGUUCCGACGUUGACCCUGAUGCCCUGCGAAUAGCAAUUGAACAUUUGUCGAUCUUACCUUGUAACCAUUCAGGACUGACCAUGAUCAAGGCAGAUGUUGUUUUAUGUCUCGCUCGAAAACUACACCUAACUCAUUCAAAAUUCAGUUCUUCCGUCUUAAACACUAUAAUGGUAGUUCUUCGCAGUGCCUUUGCGGAGUCCCGAAAUCUAUCAGACAAGCGAGUUCCCUGGUGGAAUGUGGUCAGCGUUCCAUUCAACACGGUUUGUUUACUCCUGUCAAUAAACACGCGUCAGAGCAUAUCCUUUUUGCCCCAAGCCAUGGAUACUCUAGAAUUCGCUAGCAAAUCAUGGGAUACCCAUCUCUCGAGAGAGGCUUUCCAUACUGCGCAAAUGUUGGUCAAUCGAUUCAUAGAUAUGAAGCGUGAAGAUCAGAUGGUUCUGGAAUCCCUCCAUCGUGUUGUCGAUCACCCUAGUGUAUCUUCAAGUACACAGAAUUGGACAGGGACUAUUGGAGAUGACCUGUUCGGAGGCUUAAAUGGACAGGAUUUUGGGUGGGCACAGUUCUUCGGUGAUGUUGUGGGUUAA